AUGCACAGUCUGCGGAGUCUCAAAGACAUAGUUACUGCCAGCAACUCGUCAGCAAAGCUCACAAGGAAGGGCCUAGUCAAGACUUGGCUAUUUAGCGGAUGUGAGCUGUGUCCCAACUGCAAUGAGGAGUUCCUUUCCAUCGAGGCAGUUAUUCUGCAUCUCGAUUCUCAGUCUACCUGCUGGCCACGUGAAUCACGCCCGCAACAAUUCCCAAUUCCACCCGGAUUGCGAGGUUCUCGUUCAUCUACAUCGUCCGCUACUGGCUCUUAUCAUCCUCGAUCCGGGUAUGUCUUUGGUGUGGGCAAAAACCUAUUCGACAGGUUGCAAGAAGAUCAAUAUGAUUACCGGAGGAAAAUAAAUACCUAUUAUCCUUUCCACGAUGAAGGAGAGUGGGAAUUAGCAAGGUUUCUAGUUGAAAACCUGACUCAAACUCAGAUCGACAAGUUUUUGAAGUUGAAAUGGUUUCACACCCGCCCAAGACCAUCUUUCACCUCAAAAGAUCAACUUCUUGAUUGGAUUGAUGCGCUCCCCUCUUUUGUACCAUGGAAAGUCUCGACCAUGGAGUUCACAGGCUACAAGACGACUUAUCCCUUGCAACUCAUCUGGCGUGAUGCUCUCGAAGUCGUCAAACAGCUCUUCAGUGAUCCUGUUUUUGCUAACCAUAUCACUUUUCAACCGCAUGUUGUUAAUACUGGGGGUCAGCGUGAAUAUGGGGAUUAUAUGAGCGCUGACAUGGCAUGGAAAAUUCAGGACCAUCUCCCAGUAGGUGCUACACAAGUACCGAUAAUCUUGGGAUCAGAUAAAACACCUGUGACGCGCACCACUGGAGGGCUUGAGAUGCACCCACUUUUCAUUACGAUUGGUAACCUCGAUUCGGAAGUUCGCUCCAAGGCUACACUACGAGCUUGGCGCUGUAUUGCUUACAUGCCCAUCGCUAAAUUUCAUGUGCAUCCUGAUUAUCAGGGCAUUCUGCAGGCACGCCUGUGGCAUAGAUGUGUCGAUCUCAUCUGCGCCAACCUCAAGGUCGCAGCAAAGGAUGGUUGUUUUAUGCCCGAUCCUUCCCGAUACAUCCAUUAUGUCUUUACACCACUUGUCUCUCACGUAUGUGACCUUCCAGAGGCUACCAUGAUCGCUACAGUCAGUAAAAGUGCCUCUCCCAUAACUAUGGCGACACAAGCAAAUUUUGGUGACGGAGUUCUCUACCCUCCUCGCACUGGACAACACACACUGCAACUCGUCUAUGAGAUCUCCAAGGAGGUCGAUCCUUGGGAUCUUGAUAAAUUCCAGAAGGCAGCAAAAGCGGUGCAUCUGUCUGGAGUUCACAUGCCAUAUUGGCGUGAUUGGACGUUUGCAUGCCCAUCUGUCUUUCUCACCGGUGAAGUUUUGCAUACCUGUAUCAAGUUUUUUGCGGACCAUCCGCUCAAUUGGAUCAAGGAGACGGUAGGGAAACCUGAGCUCAAUGCUCGCUUCAUGGUUCAGCAUAAGCGGGUGGGAACUCGUCACUUCACCAAAGGUGUCACCCAUGUCAACCAAAUGACAGGGCGCGAGCACCGAGAUAUUCAACGCACCAUUGUUGCUUCGAUUGCAGGCGCUGCUCCACCCAGGUUCAUUCGUUCCAUCCGUGCCCUCAUAGAGUUCAUCUACCUUUCUCAAAAUCCGGUUCAUUCUCCUGAUUCCCUGCAGUCGAUGGCGCAAGCACUUUCGGAUUUUCACUCAUUCAAGGAUGCUAUCGUUGACGCUGAGGCAAGGAGGGGAAAGAAAGGUGUUAAAGACGAUUUUUUUAUCCCGAAACUCGAGCUAUUGCAAAGCUUCAGAGGCAUGGUCAAGAAACUGGGCACGUUGAUGCAGUUUUCAGCUGAUAUGACAGAGCGCUUACUCAUUACACACUGCAAACAUCUCUUUGAGCGCACAAACCGGCGAUCUACUGAUUUUACGGAGCAGUGCGUACGGAUCCUCAACCGCCAGGAGUCGAUGGAAUUAUUCAACCUGUAUGCGUUAUUCUAUUCUCGUGGCACGUCACUUGUCAAUGCCAUACGCAUCGAAGAUGAAGAAGUGACGACCGUUAAUCCAGCGCUUUCCUGGAUUUCUCGUGUUCUCCCUGAUGAAACGCAUUCUGUUCAUGGACCUCGGCCAGUUUGGAAUCAUUUUCUUAAGGGCAUUCUUUCUGGAGACGCUCUCACUGCCUUCCAUCUGACCUCGACGCCGGAUUUUAAUGCUCUGACGCCCAUCGCUAUUGAAGCUAAAUACUCACUUGUUGAUUUCAAUCAUGCGCUCUCUCAGUUUAUCAAUCAAUUAUCCCUCUCCACUGGCGAGCAUACCCGCUGGGACCAUGGAUACGGACACUUUUGCACAUGGAAUAAAUUUCGACUACAGCUUCACUCUGCUUUCCAGCCACGAGUCAUCAUGCCAAGCAGAGUGAUACAAGCAUACCCGCCGAGUGAUGCAUUCCCCCUCGGAAACUGCGAUACUGUCCUAAUCAAUGUCACGGGCGAUGACGGCCAAAGCACCAGUCGUGUUGCACAAGUUCGACUCAUCUUUCAGCCAAAGAUUCCACGGGCUUCUGACUUGGUGUUACCAAUGUACCUUUCAAGUCCACUCCUCUACGUCCAAUUCUUCCACUUCGUCGCUAAUCCCAGUGACCGUCCUGAACUUGCGAUGUGGACAGUGGAGCGCACGUACAUGAUAGACCAACGUGGCAGACGUUGUAGGUGUGGUGGUGUCGUGUCGUUGACAGAUGUAACACAUGCCGUCGAAUUGAUACCAGAAUAUGGUAACAAGGUAGACGAGAGGAUUUCUUCAGCCACUAGUUUGGAGAGCUAUGACCGGUUUUUUCUCAACAGUUUCGCAGAUAAGGAAAGCUAUCAUACAUUUAGCACAGAGUUCGCAUAG